CCUAGAUGGCACAGCUGCUGCCUCUGCGCGUUUGUGCACCGUUGGGAAUGAAGUAUAAAGGGCCACCAGGUGCUCUUCUUCAAUCCAGGCUUUUCUCAUUCACUGCCUUAUUCACUCCUCUCUUUCCCGUGCAUCCCCGCCGGGCCCCCAAGACAUCCCAUCCAGCUCAUGCUUGGGUGCUCCAAUAUCCUCCAUUCUCCCCAUCAAACGCCCAUCAUGGCUUCAAGCACAUUCCUCAGCACCACCAACACCAGCGCGGCCAUGAACUCGACAUCGCAAUACAUGAGUCCCACCGACACCGCCCUCCUAGAAGCCUUCAUCCCCGGCUACUCCUUCAUCUCCCGCUUCCUCAUCUCCUACCUCCACAUCGACCUCUCCCAAUACAUUCCAUACAUCCUUACGGGCAUCGCGCUCGUCGCAUCUCUCCGCUACGUAUUCUCACAGGCCCGCGAGCUGAUCACCAAAUACUGCGUCUCCACGGCCGAAAUCCGCCUGGAAGAUGAAGUAUACAACUACCUGAUGUUCUGGAUGACGCAGCAGCCGUCCACCAACAAAUCCACCCAAUUUGUCGCCAACACCAAGAUCACCAGCGGCGCGCGGUACUACGACUCGGACGACGACGAGGAUAUGGGCGACGAAGACGACUACGACUCCGACGGCAACGUCAUCUCCAACUUCGACGACUACUGGGCCAAAACCGUCGCGCGCGACAAGUUCAAACGCCUGCGCUUCACCCCCCGCGAAGGCACGCACUACUUCUGGUUCAAGGGCCGUCUGCUCGCCUUCGCCCGCGAGAAGGAAGAGAACAACAACACCAUCUCAUACAUGCGCUUUGUGCCGGAGCGCCUCUUCAUCUCCUGCCUGGGCCGCGACCCCACCAUCCUGAAGGACCUCCUCCUCGAAGCACAAAAAGCAUGGGUGACCCGCGACGGAAGCAGCACCGUGAUCUACCGCGGCCAGAAAAACAGCGGCUGCACCGACUGGACGCGAUGCAUGGCGCGGCCCCCGCGGCCCCUCUCCACCGUGGUCCUCGACCACUCCCAGAAACAGUCCUUCAUCGCCGACAUCAAGGAAUACCUCCACCCCCGCACCCGGAGAUGGUACUCCAACCGCGGCAUCCCCUACCGUCGGGGCUACCUCCUGCACGGCCCCCCCGGCACAGGGAAAACGAGUCUCUGCUUCGCGGCGUCCGGCCUCCUGGGUCUCCCCCUCUACCUCCUCAACCUCAGCUCCAAGAGCCUCGACGAAGACGACCUCAUGUCCCUCUUCCAGGAACUGCCCCGUCGCUGCAUCGUCCUCCUCGAGGACGUCGACUGCGCCGGGAUCACCCAGAAACGCGCCCCCAACGCCUCCGACGAAUCCACCCCCGACAAACCCAAGAACAGCAACACCCCCAAUCCCCAAACCCCCGGCUCUUCCAAACCCGACGACCCCACCAUCGUCGACAAACAAGGCAUCACCCUCUCCGGCCUCCUCAACGUCAUCGACGGCGUCGCCGCCAGCGAAGGCCGCAUCCUCAUCAUGACCACCAACCACCCGGAGAAACUCGAUGCCGCGCUCCUCCGCCCCGGCCGCGUCGACAUGAGCAUCGCCUUCGGCUACGCCCAGACGGCGGACAUCCGCGAACUGUUCUCGUCCAUCUACUCGACCCUUGAAGGCGAUCUACGGGCUGUUCGCCGCAACGGUCCCAAGAAUGGCACCGCAAAGACAAACGGCGCCGGCCCCGCAAAGACAUCCGAGAAACACUCACCCUCCUCCUCCUCCUCCUCCUGUUCGACUCCUACGAUUUCUGCGCGCAUCGUCAAACUGGCUGACGACUUCGCGGCGCUGAUUCCAGCGGGCCAGUUCACGGCGGCGGAGAUCCAGGGAUUCCUGCUAAAUCACAAGGCGGAUCCGGAGGGCGCGGUGGAGGGAGUGCAGGGGUGGUUGGAGAAGACGGAGGUGAUGAGGAGGGAGAGGGUGGAGAAGGCGGCGUUGGAGGAGGCUUAGUUUGAUUUAGACUUGCUUCGCUUUCUUUUUUUUUUUUUUUUUU